AUGAAUCUUAUAGCACCCAUCAGAAGCCAGAGUUGGGCAACCCUGUCCCCAAAACCCUCCUCCUCUUCUGUCUUGUACGCUCUGGUCCAAUGCUUUGGAGACCUCUCCCAGAGUCAGUGCGAGCACUGCUUCUCUGAAAGCCGCAACAAGAUCCAACAAUGUCUUCCCUCCACUUCGGGUCGAAUCUACCUAAACGGUUGUUUCCUCCGCUAUGACGAAUUCUACUUCUUCAACCAGUCGUCUGACCCCCAAAUCGAUACCAUCAAAUGUAGUCCCACAGCUCCUAAGAUUACGGAGCCAUAUCUGUUUCACGACUUCUUCAAGAAGGUCGCUCAAUCGUUCAUCAAUGUUACGGAAAUUGCAUCGGCCCACGCUGGAUUCGGGGUGGUGGAGGCCAAAGGUGGUGUGAACCCUGUAUUUAUGUUAGCCCAAUGUUGGAAUACCGUCAGCAAGGCCGGAUGCGUAGUUUGCUUGAAGAGCGCAGCGCGAGGGCUGGUUUCUUGCCUGCCUAGAACGGAAGGGAUUGCAAUGAAUGCAGGGUGUUAUUUGAGGUAUUCAACCACCAAGUUUUAUAAUGACGAAGCCACAGAAAUUGUUAAUUCAAGUAUCGCAGAGGUUUUUGUGAUCAUCGUGCUUAAUAUGAUUGCUUUUCUUGUGCUUGCUCUGGUUGGUGGUUGUCUUGGGUACGCGAAACUAUCAGCGAAGGACACAGAGUUCUCUUCUCUCUUGCAUCUUCCAGCACAAUGCAGCCUCAGUAAGGUUUUAAGUGCAAAAAAAUCUAAUUUGAAUUUCAAUUAUGAAACACUUGAGAGGGCAACAGAUUCUUUCAGUCCCUCAAGAAAAUUAGGCCAAGGAGGAGCUGGUUCGGUGUUCAGGGGCGACCUCCCUGAUGGAAGGACUGUUGCUGUCAAGAGGUUGUUUUUUAGCACCCGACAAUGGGUGGAUGAAUUCUUCAAUGAGGUGAACUUGAUCAGUGGAAUCAACCAUAACAAUCUCAUAAAGCUUCUGGGUUGUAGUAUUGAAGGCCCGGAAAGCCUUCUGGUUUACGAGUUUGUUCCCAACAAGAGUCUUGAUCAGUACCUUUUUGGUAAGAACAAGACCCAAAUUUUAACCUGGGAGCAGAGGUUUAACAUCAUUGUCGGAACAGCUGAGGGGCUGGCAUAUCUUCAUGAUGGUUCUGAACCAAGAAUAAUCCACAGGGAUAUAAAAUGUAGUAAUGUUCUCCUGGACGAGAAUCUGGCUGCAAAGAUUGCUGACUUCGGACUUGCUCGACACUUUUCAACUGAUAAGACUCACCUUAGCACUGGAAUUGCAGGAACAAUGGGGUACAUGGCUCCUGAAUAUCUUGUUCGUGGGCAACUAACAGAGAAAGCUGAUGUUUUUAGCUUUGGGGUGCUUGUCCUUGAGACUGUAUGUGGUAGGAGGAACAGUGUUUUCGUGCAGGAGUCCGGUUCUGUUCUACUCAUGGUUUGGAAUCAUUAUCAGUCAAGUACAUUGCCAGAUUCUGUCGACCCAUUAAUGAGAGAUGAUUAUCCAGUAAAAGAAGCAUGUAAUGUGCUCCAAAUUGGGCUUCUUUGCACCCAGGCCUCUGUAUCUUCAAGACCAUCAAUGUCUGAAGUGGUUCAGAUGCUUACCAAUGACGAUUACAUGAUUCCUACACCAGCAAAUCCUCCAUUCCUAUGUAAUAGUUUGACAUCAAACACCACCGAAUUUUGA